AUGGCGGUGGCGCUGAGCGCCUUGCUGGAUGUGGACGUUCGUGUGCAUCGUCACGGCGUGGCGGUGAACGUGGAAGACAGGAUGGACGUGGAAAUUCUUCUGGAGACGGCUGAGGAGCAGUGCAAGCGCAGAAGCCGAGGCCCUCGCAGCCUCUUCGCUAUCUCCUAUCUUACAGUGGCGGAAGACUGGGACGAAGCGGACCGACGCGGCGAGGAGCUGGUCCGCGCCAGCCCGCAGAUGUCCUGGGCCAUCGCUCUUUCCCGCCGCUUCUGCUCCAUCGGGCGACUGCCAGGGCUCCGGAUGAACGGCCACCGUGCCGGCAAGGGACCCCAGGUCAUGGAAAUGGUCUUGCGAAAUCUUGCUCUGCGGAUCAAGGAUCGGGAUGCGGAGACACUGAAGCGCUUCGAGCAGUUCUCGGCAGUGUCGAACACCCAGGACCAUGCGGUCGGUACGCGCUUCGUGGUCAGCAUGGCCAAGGAGGUUCUCGAGUGGAGCAAGUCCGGCCCUCUGGGCUUGUGGCUGAAGGAUGCAGAGCUCUAUGCCGGAGAGAAAGGUCGGAAUCAAGCAUCAGCGCUGCUACGUGCAGCCGCUGACAGCCUGGACGGCGAGGUGCGAGGCCUCGGCCACACGCAGAGCCUCCAGCUUCCGCGUGCUGACGAUGACAGCCCCGCAGCUGCAGUCGACCGCAGCAUCACGAAAGGCGUGCGCCUGGUGCAUUUCGGCUGCUUCGAGCAGGCGCAGGAGCAGCUGGACCAGGCUCGGCUUCGCCUUCAGCAGCAGCACUUCGAGGAGGGGAUGCGCGAGAGUUUGACGCUCGCAGCUUGCCUGGCCUCCUCGCUGCUACAGCAGAAGAAGGGUCGGAACGAUCUCGUGAAGGAGCUGAAAGCAGAGUGCCUGCAGUCGCUCCACCGUCUGGAAUCCGCCACAAAGCGCCCCAAGCCCGUGGCAUGCUGGCACAACUUGCCAUUGCUGCUUCGGGUGUUGCCAUCGUCCAAGAGGCCCGCCGCGAGUUCCAUGGCGCAGGGCGGCCAUGGAGACCUGGACUGGUCGAGCAUGGAAUGCACAGGUGCGUUGGAUUCCGACAUCCUCGAGGACCUACCGGAUUCAGGCCUCCAGCGCCGGGUCCGUGCACGUAGCCGCCACUUGAUGAGUUACCUCAUGCCUCUCACAGGCGAGCGCUUCGCAUCAGAUGCUUUGGAGGCCCCUCAGGGCGACGGUUCUGCACUUUUGGUAACGGUGAACAAGGGCACCAUGUCGUGCUCCGAAGAAGGAUUUCGGAUGUGGGCACUGAAGCGCCAGGUGCACCGCAUCGAGGCCAUCUUGCCGCAAGAUCGGUUCCCUUUCCUGAUGCCCAUGCACAAGGAGAUGGCCCACCCCCUGGGUGCAGCCAGCGAGGGCACAGAAGGACAUCUCGGGUACGAGUUGCCCUGGUGGCCUUCUGUCGUGCUGAGAUGCGCCACAGGCCUGCAGGUUCAAGCCACGUCAUUGACUCGUUGCCGCCGGCUCGUUGUUUGUGCUCUGUCCUUCAAUGGAAAGCGCAAUGAACGAGCUGAUUCUGAUUGGAUUGCGACGGCCAGUCAGUCCAGUGCAGUGCAGGCAGCGAUACAGUUUGCCUUGCUGGAGUAUCAUGUUCUGCCUGCUUACCUGGACUCUUCUUUCCUCAAGGAAGAUGAGCUCGCCUCGUCGCAAGUCUGGGGAGGACACGAGGGCCACUGCCAGUACUUUCUUCUCUCUCCGCGCCCGCUGAGAAUGCGCUCGCCGCGCACGCCGAAGUCCCGCGAGGCCCUCCCUAGUGGGCCGCGAGCACCACAGACGGCCCGUGGGUCCCAGGACAAGGACAAGCGCUUGGAAGACGCGGACGACCUCUGUCCUUCUGUGUGCUCCGAGAAGUUCAGUGUGUACUCGGAGGCGAGCAACGUCUCCCGCUUGACCCAGCUCUCGCGGAAGAGCCUGGCGAAGCGCUGCCUCAGCUCCAAAGAGCUCGAGGAGCUCGAGGUCAUGGAGAAGCGCCGCGAAGUCAGUGCAAUGCUGCGCCGAAACCAAGUGAACUGCCGAAAGGUCCACCGCCUCCUUACGAAUCACGAGAGCGAGCUUUCGCCUGUUUCGUGCGACAGACCCUGGACUGAGUUCGGUCGAAGCAUCUGUGGGGCAGAGGAGGCGGUCGCUGCUACGAUCGACCAGAUCCUCACGGAUGGCGGCACACUGCUUUGGCAGAAGUAUCUCGAGAGAAAGGCCUUCUCCUUCGCCUCCAAUGCUAUCUCUGAUGCUUUGGUCAGCCGUCUGCGGAUGUGCUACGUCAGCCAUGAUUCAGGGGAGACUGCAGUGGACGGGGCUCUGAGAGGCCCGGAAUGGAACAUUGAAGAUGAGCCACAGCCGUGCGAGAUCGACAGCUGGGCGCGAAUGCAUUUGCCGGUUCGGCGAAGUGGGAAAGCCGACGAGGCCUCCACAUCCGGGGGAAAGCUGCCGGGCAAGCCUCGACGAGGCCAGUUUGCGAGCACUUCGCGCCCCAAGGCCGCCAGUGGCCUGUCUUCUGUCAAGGAGAAGGCUACCGACCAGCCUCCGAGGAUGUUCAUGCUGGAGGGCGAGAACACUGUGGAUCCUGAAGAGGAAAGGAUGCGCGAGGCCAAAGCCCAAGAGGAAGCAAGGAAACGUGACAAGGAACGCCUUGCUAAGGAGUCCGAGAAGACGCAAGAGGAGGAGAGGCGGAAGGUGCAACAGCUCCACGAGGAGAUGUCAAAGCGGCCGCACACCUUCGACACCGAGGGGAAUCUCAUCUGGGUCGAUGAGUUGAAGCCGGAGCGUCUGCCGAAGCUCGUGGAAGCCUUCGGCUACUCCGUGAAACGUGAGCCGAAGAUGCGGGACGACAAGGCAGCCCUCGGAACGACCAUGGCCGCCCCCAAGGCCAAGCAAAGGCCAAGGAGGGAUCGUGGACGACGAGGUGCAAAGAAAACAGAUGCUUCGCCAGAGUUCACCGACGGCUUUUCCAAGCUGCAGCACGGGCAGCCGCCGAUCCUCGAGACGAUGGUGGUGGUCCCGGGUGUAACUCUGGAGCAGCUUGGCAAGGUGAAGAGCGGUCCGGACGACGAGAAGCGCUUCCUCUCGCGGCGGGAAUACGUGCAGCUGGCCGAACAGGAGGUAGCCGUCGACAGCAGUUUCCACGGCAGAGGCGGCAGCAUGUCGCAAGACGGAAGUGCUUCCCCGCCGCCUGCUCCGCCGGGUGCCAGUCCGCCUGGCGGCGAGGCACCACCUGGUGGAGGCGGUGCACUUCCUCAGAUCCCACAAGGACGAGGCCCGGCGGCCGUCGCAUACCCAGCUCCUGGGGCCGAUGGUGAGCGCACACUGGCGAACCCCUCGCAGAAGGCCCCUCCCGCACCACCGGCGCAACUCCGCAUGCGGAAGUACGAGGCGUUGGGCUUCGGCAGAGAUCCCAGGUAUCAUCCGCCCAGCCUGGGUGGAGGCCAGGGCUUGGGCUCACCGCAGCCUGUGCUGGGUGCAACUAUGGGGCACGGCCUCAUGAAGGUGAACAAGGAGGCUUUCUUCUUCCCCCCGGCGGCGCCCGAAUUGCCUUUGGGCCUCCUGAGGUCUCAAAGCGACGCAGCUCUUGGCGGGAUCCUGAAAUCAUGGAGGGAGGGCCUUGCAAGCCUGCAUUGCGUGCUCACCUCCGCAGUUCGGAAUUCGAAGACAUGUGAUAUUGUAGUGCUGAUGUAUGCAGUGCCCGACGAGGCACUACCCCUGGUCGCGAACCGUCUACAGGCUUUACCAGUGAUUGCAUGGCUUGCUUGCAACUUUGACUUGCGAUCCGGCCUCGGAGGGAGAAGACGGCGGGCGGCUGCGGCCAGAAAUGUCCGGGCAUUCGACAAGUUCUUGAAGGAUUUCAGCAAGGACUACGACGACGUCGAGAAGCAGGCUCGCUUCGGUGCCUUCGCGGACAACUUCGAGUACAUCACGCGUGAGAAUGCCAAGGGUCAUUCCUACCAGCUCGGUUUGAACGAGUUCUCGGAUUUGUCGCUGGAUGAGUUCAAGAUGAACAAGCUCGGGCUGAAACUUCCGGAGUCCGUGUGGGGAGAGCUGCCGAGCUUGGGCAUGCACAAGGCAGGCAACUCCUCGCUGCCCAGCUCUGUCGACUGGCGCAGCAAGGCCGUGACGCCUGUAAAGAAUCAGCAGCAGUGCGGCUCAUGCUGGGCAUUCUCUACGACGGGUGCCUUGGAGGGUGCCUGGGCCAUUGCCACGGGCAAGCUUGUCUCGCUGUCUGAGCAGCAGCUGGUCGACUGCUCCAAGAAGUUCGGCAACGAGGGCUGCAGCGGAGGCCUCAUGGACAACGGCUUCAAGUAUGAGGAGCAGGCACCUGUGUGCACGGAGGACAGCUACCCGUACUUGGCCAAGAACGGCAUCUGCAAGGCCUCCGGCUGCAAGGUGGGAAUCCCCGCGCACGGCGUCACCGGCUACAAGGACGUCAAGGCCGACGACGAGCAGUCUCUGAUGGACGCCGUAUCGAAGCAGCCUGUGUCCGUGGCCAUCGAGGCAGAUCAGAUGGCCUUCCAGCUCUACAAGGGCGGAGUGCUCAGCAAGACCUGCGGCACCAAGUUGGACCACGGCGUGUUGGUCGUGGGCUACGGAACCGAGGACGAGACCCAGGCUGAGGUGGAGGGUGCUGGUGGCAGCGUGUGCGCCCCCAAGUGCAACACCGGCUCCUGCCCAACGGACGUGCCAGAGGGCACUACCGCCAAGCCCAUGUGCAUCCUUCAGGACGAGAGCAGCGGCGACAAGUACUGUGCCCUCGCCUGCAUUUUGGGCGGCUGCCCCGACGGCUCCAAGUGCGUUCACCUGUCCAGCCUUUUGGGUGUCUGCAUCUAUCCGGACUCCCACUCCAGCAUGAAGCUCGGAGUCGCGCUAGAUUCCAGCGAGAUCACGGUCUGA